CAUUCGCUCUAAAGACUUGUGCGCCCCUCCAGCCUCAAGUAGUUUGCUGACUCUCUGUUUGUUGUAAUACAAUUUUGCUGACAAGGAUAAUAACAAAUAAAUCACAGUUUUCGAGUUUCGCGAAAAGGAUCCCCCAGACAACCAGUUAAAAUCGUGAAUCUACCCGCCGGAAUUCGAGAAUUCUUGUCCAGCUCAAUUCUAGACGCAAACAGUAUUCCAGUCCAGGAGCGCCGAUAUUUCUUGCCAAUAAGCAGUGAAAGUGUCAACACAUUUCGAGUGCUUAUUUGUCAAAAGUAAACGAGAGAAGCGCAAUCCAAGCACCCAAAGCAAAUAGUAUUCUAAGUGUUUUUCGGCAACACUUUGCGUAAAUUUUUGUUAACCCAACACAAAACCCCUAAAAAACACACACAAAACAAAAUGAUGGCCGUUGCAGCUGCCCAGAAGAACCGCGAGAUGUUCGCCAUCAAGAAAUCCUACAGUAUUGAGAAUGGCUAUCCAUCCCGGCGCCGCAGCCUGGUGGACGAUGCCCGCUUCGAGACCCUGGUGGUCAAGCAGACCAAACAAACCGUCCUCGAGGAGGCCCGCAAUAAGGCCAAUGACGAGUCUUUGGAGGAAUGCAUUCUGCAGGCUGAGGAGCACAUUCCCGCCGAGCAGAAUGUGGAGCUGCAGGACGAGCAGCCCAAUCUGGAGAAUCUGCCAUUGGAGAACGAAUAUGUCCCAGUUGAGGAGGAUGUGGAGAUUGAACCGGAGCAGUCGCACCAGCAGGAGCAGUCUCAGGGCCAGGAAGCCGGCGAAGAGCCAGCCAAGAACGAUUACGGCCUCACCGAGGACGAGAUUUUGCUGGCCAAUGCCGCCUGCUCAUCGCCGGAAGCCGAGGCUGCCAUGCAGAGCGCCGCUCUGGUGGUGCGCCUCAAGGAGGGCAUCUCCUCGCUGGGCCGCAUCCUCAAGGCCAUUGAGACCUUCCACGGCCAGGUGCAGCAUGUGGAGUCCCGGCAGUCGCGUGUCGAGGGCGUGGGCCACGAUGUCCUCAUCAAGCUGGACAUGACCCGUGGCAAUCUCCUCCAGUUGAUCCGUUCCCUCAGGCAGUCGGGCUCCUUCAGCAGCAUGAAUCUGCUGGCCGAGAACAACAUCUCGGUGAAGGCCCCGUGGUUCCCCAAGCAUGCCUCCGAGCUGGACAACUGCAACCAUCUGAUGACCAAGUACGAGCCCGAUUUGGAUAUGAACCACCCGGGAUUCGCCGACAAGGUGUACCGUCAGCGCCGCAAGGAGAUUGCCGAGAUUGCCUUCGCCUACAAGUACGGAGAUCCGAUCCCCUACAUUGCCUACACCGAUGUGGAGGUCAAGACCUGGCGCUCGGUGUUCAAGACCGUCCAGGAUUUGGCCCCGAAGCAUGCCUGUGCCGAGUACCGGGCCGCCUUCCAGAAGCUCCAGGACGAGCAGAUCUUUGUGGAUCACCGCCUGCCCCAGCUGCAGGAGAUGUCUGAUUUCCUGAGGAAGAACACCGGCUUCUCGCUGCGUCCUGCUGCUGGUCUGCUGACAGCCAGGGACUUCCUCGCCUCGCUGGCCUUCCGCAUCUUCCAGAGCACCCAGUAUGUGCGUCACGUCAACUCGCCCUAUCACACCCCCGAGCCUGACUCCAUCCACGAGCUCCUCGGUCACAUGCCCCUGCUGGCCGAUCCCAGCUUCGCCCAGUUCUCGCAGGAGAUUGGCCUGGCCUCGCUGGGUGCCUCCGACGAAGAAAUCGAGAAGCUGUCCACGGUCUACUGGUUCACUGUUGAGUUCGGUCUCUGCAAGGAGCAUGGUCAGAUCAAGGCCUAUGGCGCCGGACUGCUGAGCUCCUACGGCGAGCUCCUGCAUGCCAUCAGCGACAAGUGCGAGCAUCGCGCCUUCGAGCCCGCCUCGACGGCCGUGCAGCCCUACCAGGACCAGGAGUACCAGCCCAUCUACUAUGUGGCCGAGAGCUUCGAGGAUGCCAAGGACAAGUUCCGUCGCUGGGUCAGCACGAUGUCCCGCCCCUUCGAGGUGCGCUUCAACCCACACACCGAGCGCGUCGAGGUGCUGGACUCGGUGGACAAGCUGGAGACGCUGGUGCACCAGAUGAACACGGAGAUCCUGCACCUGACCAAUGCCAUUCACAAGCUGAAGCGACCCUUCUAAGGCGGUGGUGGUCAUGUGGAGCAGAUUAUACCAAGAGCAGCCCUAGCCCAAGCCCUAACCCAAACCCUCAAACCACACAUACAGGUGCAACGGUCUCAUUUAUACAAAUUAAUUUUAAAUUGACAUACCGCACAAUCCCUCGUACAUUUUAUGAUUUCCCCUUA